AUGUCACGUAGCGGGCGCGUCCGCGUCUCGCCCACGUCCCACCCAUCCCCCGGGCCCCACCAGAAUACAGGCCUGAGACUGCGCUUCCCCCGUGACACCAAGCAUCCUCACUUCUCGUACCGUGAACCCACACAGUCCUCAGACUCUGAAGCCGACGGGGAGAGCGAUAGCGACGCCCAGUCGACGCUCUCUGACGUCGAGAAUGCUGUCAACUACCGCGUUGUGCGCGCCAAGAUGACCCCAAUUCCCAGCAACUCGAGCACAGUUGCACCCAGGUCUAACGCCGAUGCGUUCCGCCACCACAAGCGCAGGGCCAGCGGCCAGAUGUAUGGUCGCAACUAUCGUCACCAUCCAAUCGGUUUCAGCGCAGGAGUUUCCCGUCUUGCGUCCAACAGCUCUAUUGUGAUGAAAGCUGGCGGCCUCGGUAUUAGCGAAGAGUCCUCUGACACCGAGAACGAUGAGAAGACUGUUUCCAACUCUAUCGUCAUGGACCAUCUCUCUAUGCACACCGAUUCUCCAAAGAACAAAGGCAAGGGUCGUGCAAGCCGCCUUGCAUCCAACAGCUCCAUUGGCACGACGACCGGCAACCGUCACAGUAUCGACGAAGAACCUACUGACACCGAGGAGGAUGAGAAGAAUGUGUCCAACUCCAUCAUCAUGGACACCGACUCCAACACCAUGGGCACUCCCUCUAUCGCCAUGGAAUUCCCCUCCCCGACACAGAGCAAGGGCAAGGGGCGUGCUCUCCCCCGUUCCCUCAAUGUCCCUUCUUCUCGCCGCCUGACUCGCUACAGGCAGGGCUAUGCCACAUCGUCUCCAGAGCCCAUGAGCUCGGAAGGCGAAUCGGAUAUCGACAGCCCUUUGCGCCAGCGUUUUCCAUCCAGGUUUUCUCUUGCUGGCCCCUCCCAACCCCGUGGCUCCCGCGCUGCUGGCGACCAGGCCCACAGCGACGACAAUGACGAUUGUGUGGUUGUCACCGUUGGAUCGACGCGCGUCAAGAUCAAGGGCAACCCUCAGACCGUGAUGGCUACCCUGGCGGCCCAAUUCGGUCUUGUCAUCGUACCCAACGAGGCGUCCAUUCCCGCCACCUCUGCUGCUCGUCUCCCCGAUGAGGCCAAUGUCGACGCGGCCACGGAGGUUCACUUCAUCGAUGAACACGCUCAAGACACCUCGCCAUCCAAGCAAUUCUCAUCGAAGUGGAUGUCUUCGUCCACUCCCAUCGCCAACAGUCCUCCACCCACUGUCGCACCCAGGACACCGAUGCGUAAGCGCAAGGCCCAGGAAGACAUCGUCGAGGACAUGGUGGUGACUCCAUUCAGUCCCAUGGUUAUCGACGAGGCUCCUGAGUUCGAUGACCUGGUCCAUGCGUCUCCCAGUCUCCCUGUUCAAUCAUGGCUGGCUCCGCAGCGCAAGGCAGAUGACAAUAAACCCCUCGCCCCAGUGUCUUCCGCACGCCGUCGCGGCCCAUCCGAGUUCAGCAAAUUAUUGGACCGUGUCCGACCCGUCCCCGCAGGCCAACUCGGCACCCCACCCAAGCACGAUGUGCUUCGUAUCAACAGUGUUGUCACUGGAGCGCAAUGGGCCGAGGAAGCCGACAAGCGCCGUGUUGCUAAGCGCGUGCGUGAGGGCUACCUCAAAUGGAAGAACAAGUGGGACGAGCAUCGCGGCAAUGCGCACUGGGCAACGUUAUCCCCUGCAGAUCGCUGCAACCCAGACAACCACGACGUCGACAUGCUAGACGUUGAGCUUGUGGAGCAUGAAAGUCUCCGUGGCGGACAGAAGCGGCCCACUCCGGAACCCGGCUUCACCAGGCACACGGACGACGAAAGCAUGGACCGUCUUGCUCGUCGAGCGGCCCUCCGUCAAGAAGAAAUGGCCGAAUAUGCCAAUUCGGUUGAGCGGACUCUCGCUCAGAAUCGUGCCGACCGCAGGGCUGCGGCUGUCCGGGCGGCCGAGAAGGUCGAGCGUAUUCGUGCAGCGAUUAUGGCCGCCAACCGUGCGCGUGAGGAAAUGGAAGCCCUUCAACGUCUGGAAGAGGAUCAGCGCCGUGCCCAGGAAAUCGAACAAGCCCGUGCGGCCGAGGCUCAACAAUUUGCGAACGCCUGGUCUGCUCGUCGCCAACUUCAGUUGCGCACUGGAGGGAUUCCAGCCAAGGCCCACCGCACCCACCAGCGUCACACUGUCAUUCCAAGCGCCAACCACCACAUUGCGCCACUGCAUGUCAUUCGCACCGCCAACGGUCACGUUACGCAACCUCACCCCUACACUCGUCCUGCCCAGCGCGAUCGCAGUCUGCUGGACUACCUCCACCGUGGCCGGUCGCCUCCUCCUGAGAUGCCUGGCGAGCCAGAGCGUGCGAUGGAUCCCGUCCAGCCUGCUCAGCCCGCGCCAGUCGCUUUCACAGCCGCCGUUUCCACCUCAGCCGCUGCCGCUCGCCGUGAGCUCGAGCUACAGCACCGUGCUCAGGCACCCCCGCCCGACAUGCUGGUCGAGCCAGAGCGUGCGGUGGAGCUUGUCCAGCCUGCUGAGCCCGCGCCGGUCGCUUCGACCACCGCCAUCUCCACCUCUGCCGCUGUCGCUGCAGAGCCCGUUGCCGACGGUCCUCAGUCGCCUGCCCCUCGCUACGAGUUCCCGUUUGAGCCCAUCAUCCGCUCCGCGCCACCCCCGCACCUCCGUCGCCGGGUGCCUGGUCCUACUCCAUCCACUCCCUCACUGCCGACUUACACAGUUAACCGGUACUCGCGCAACUCUCCCUCGCCACCUCCUCCAUAUAACGCCCUGGCUGUGAUGACGGCGCAGAUGAUCCCCGCGGUCUUCCAGCCCGACCCCGAUGCGCCUGUUGAGCAGUGGCCUCAACAUCAGGCGCCGCUUCACCUCCUUGGCCAGGUUCUGGACGAGGUCGACAACGAUAGCCAGGCCCCUUUCAUGGCCCCCGCCGUUCAGCAGGCGUUGGCCCAGGCCGAUGCGGUCGACCAGCCUGGCAUCGUUGCGACCAUCGGCAGCCUUGCCACCCGUGUGGGAGGCUUCUUCUUCCGUGGUUGGUCGUCAUAG